UAGAGACACAGAGAAGGAGAAGAAAAGGGAGGAAGAGGGAGAGAAGCAGAAAAGGACACCUCUUCAGGCGUGUAGUUUGAAUCCCUUCCUUGCCUCCCCCCUUCCUCUCCGCGAUGUUACAAAGGCUGUGAGCUGCUCUCCUUUUCCCAUUCGCCUGCUGUCACUUCCUUCCUGGACGCUUUCAGGACGAGUCCGGUUACUUUUAAUCCGACCAACAGCUCAGCCACUUUCUCCUCCUCCACGCUGCACACACACGCACAAGCACGCACACACACACACACACACACACACACACACACACAGGCACACACCAGACAUCUUCUGGCUGCUUAUUGGAUUGACUUUGAAGGUUGUGUGUGUGAUUCAAGGAGGCUGCAUGUUGAACCAGGUGGUGAAUAUUUAAAGGCUGGAAGAGAAGUAAAGGGAUUUUUUCUUUUUCCUAAGAAAGGAAAAUAUCUCAAGGACUAGCCUGAUCAUCUAAACAGCUAAAUGUUUAUAAUCAGGAACGGAUGCAGGGGACUCUGAACUGAGUAGUGCAAGUGCUGAAGAAGGAGACUUGUUUUGAGGAAACGGGAAAGAGGAAGAAAAGAGAAGGGAAAAAUACAUAAUUUUAAGGAAGAAGGAGAGAAAAAAAAACGGGGACUAUGGGGAGAAAAAAGAUUCAGAUUACAAGGAUUAUGGAUGAACGUAACAGACAGGUGACAUUUACAAAGAGGAAAUUUGGGUUAAUGAAGAAGGCUUAUGAGCUGAGUGUGCUAUGUGACUGUGAGAUUGCUCUGAUCAUCUUCAACAGCACCAACAAACUGUUCCAGUAUGCCAGCACUGACAUGGACAAAGUGUUGCUGAAGUACACAGAGUACAACGAGCCACAUGAGAGUCGAACGAAUUCAGAUAUUGUUGAGACGUUGAGAAAGAAAGGACUUAAUGGCUGUGACAGUCCAGACCCCGAUGCAGACGAUUCAGUAGGUCACAGCCCUGAGUCUGAGGACAAGUACAGGAAAAUUAAUGAAGAUAUUGAUCUAAUGAUCAGCAGGCAAAGAUUAUGUGCAUUGAACAAGAAAGAAAACAAAGGUUGUGAAAGCCCCGAUCCUGACUCCUCUUACGCUCUCACCCCACGCACUGAAGAAAAAUACAAAAAAAUUAAUGAAGAAUUUGAUAAUAUGAUCAAGAGCCAUAAAAUACCUGCGGUUCCACCACCAAACUUUGAGAUGCCAGUUUCUAUCCCGGUGUCCAACCACAACAGUUUGGUAUACAGUAACCCAGUCAGCUCUCUGGGUAACCCCAACCUUUUGCCACUGGCCCAUCCUUCUUUGCAAAGAAAUAGCAUGUCUCCUGGCGUGACGCAUCGGCCUCCAAGUGCAGGUAACACAGGUGGCCUGAUGGGUGGGGACCUCACAACCGGUGCAGGCACCAGUGCAGGAAAUGGGUAUGGCAACCCUCGCAACUCACCAGGUCUGCUGGUCUCACCUGGCAACUUGAACAAGAAUAUGCAAGCAAAAUCUCCGCCCCCAAUGAAUUUGGGAAUGAACAACCGUAAACCAGAUCUCCGAGUGCUUAUUCCACCUGGCAGCAAGAAUACAAUGCCAUCAGUGAAUCAGAGGAUAAAUAACUCCCAGUCUGCUCAGUCAUUGGCUACUCCGGUGGUUUCCGUAGCAACUCCUACUCUACCAGGCCAAGGGAUGGGAGGAUACCCAUCAGCCAUUUCAACAACAUAUGGUACUGAAUACUCUCUGAGUAGCGCAGAUAUAUCAUCUCUCUCUGGGUUUAAUACAGCCAGUGCUCUUCAUCUUGGUUCUGUGACUGGCUGGCAACAGCAACACCUACAUAAUAUGCCACCAUCUGCCCUCAGUCAAUUGGGAGCUUGCACUAGCACUCAUUUAUCUCAGAGUACAAAUCUCUCCCUGCCUUCUACUCAAAGCCUCAACAUCAAGUCAGAACCUGUUUCUCCUCCUAGAGACCGUACCACCACACCCUCGAGAUACCCACAGCACACGCGCCAUGAGGCGGGGAGAUCUCCCGUUGACAGUUUGAGCAGCUGUAGCAGUUCGUAUGAUGGAAGUGACCGAGAAGAUCACCGGAACGAAUUCCACUCCCCCAUUGGACUCACCAGACCUUCGCCGGACGAAAGGGAAAGCCCCUCUGUCAAGCGCAUGCGGCUCUCUGAAGGAUGGGCAACAUGAUAACAUUAUUACCUAUUAGUUUUUUUCUUGCAGUGUGUGUGUGCUAUACCUUAAUGGGGGAGGGGGGGUCGAUAUGCAUUAUAUGUGCCGUGUGUGGAAAAAAAAAAGUCAGGUACUCUGUUUUGUAAAAGUACUUUUAAAUUGCCUCAGUGAUACAGUAUAAGGAUAAACAGAAAUGCUGAGAUAAGCUUAGCACUUGAGUUGUACAACAGAACACUUGUACAAAAUAGAUUUUAAGGCUAACUUCUUUUCACUGUUGUGCUCCCUUGCAAAAUGUAUGUUACAAUAGAUAGUGUCAUGUUGCAGGUUCAACGUUAUUUACAUGUAAAUAGACAAAAGGAAAACAUUUGCCAGAAGUGGCAGAUCUUUACUGAGAGAGAAAGCAGCUGUUAUGCAACAUAUAGAAAAUGUACAGAUGUUUUGACAGACCCAGCAGUUGGGUGGCCGUGAAUCAAUGUUAGAAAGAGACUGGGUCACCUAACAUACCUAAAAUGCUCACAAACAUGCAGGCAUAUCAUUAGAGUAUGGCACUCGGUUAAAAGGAUCAAAGACAUUUAAAGAGGACCAUACUUGUAAAAAUGUUGAGUUUGAGGGCUAACAUAUUUAAUUAAAAAAAAAAAUCUGGGUCUGCAUCACUUAUUAAAUAAAAAAUAUAAAAAUAUGUACAUUACAUUUUGCUUAUUUUCAUAUUAAAAAGUAAGACAGAGUUUGCAAAGCAUUUGUGGCUUUUGUAGUUUCCUUAAGCCAAAAUGUGUUCUUUUUUCCUUGAUAGCUUCGCUAAUCUUUUAAACAGUCCUGAAGAAAACAAACAGAGGACUUUUUGUAUAGAAAGCACUACCCUAAGCCAUGAAGAACUCCAUGCUUUGCUAACCAAGAUAACUGUUUUCUCUUUGCAGAAGUUUUGUUUUUGAAAUGUGUAUUUCUAAUUAUAUAAAAUAUUAAGAAUCUUUUAAAAAAUCUGUGAAAUUAACAUGCUUGUGUAUAGCUUUCUAAUAUAUAUAAUAAUUAUGGUAAUAGCAAAAGUUUUUGUUAUCUUAAUAGUGGGGGAAUUAUAUUUGUGCAGUUGCACAUUUAACUAUUUUCUUUCAGUUUUCUUUUACUGGGCAUACAUUUUACAGAUCCGAGUCAGCUGUUGAAAGACUGAUCUGUAAAAACUUAGAAUUUACCCAUGUGUAACAACCUAAAUCCUUUUAAUACAACAUUUUACAAUCAGUUGGGUGAACUGCGAUCCAUUGUAUAUACUGAUUAGUUCUUUCAUGCUGUUUUGUGCAUUGUAACAAGUUAAGGGCCCUUCUAUUACUUAUGUCCUGCGUAUCUUGUAGUUUUUCACGGGUUAAAUGACAAAGUGGCAUACUUUGGCCCUUUCUCAUUAAUGAAGCUGGUAUUCUGCCUGUUAGAAUUGGAUGUACAGCUCUAACGGCUGUCAGGUAUGUGAGUGCAGGUGAAUAUUUCCAGAAGUGGUAGAAAGAGUAAAAAGUGAGGGAUUGGCACCAACAUACCUACUAUAAAGAUGAUUCCCUUCUCUCACAGAUUUGAAAAUUUUAGAAAGAUUAUCAAUUGAAGGACCAUUCAAAAGUAAAUUUAUCUUACACAAACAACAUUGGUCAUCAGAUCAUCCUUUUUUCAUGGCCCUUUGUGGUCACGUUAUCUCACGAGGGAAAUGUUGUUGAACAGCGCUCCCUGUGUAUUACACCCCAGCAAGAUCUGCUUCAGCAUCUGGCAUCCACAUUCUCUCCUGCCUCGUAUUGUUCCUUUGAAUACAGUUGUCUAACCAGAAGGAAUAGAUCAUUUGUUUUAAGUUCCUCUUUGUCCCUCUUGCUUAUUAGAAGAAAAUGGUAUAUUCAGAUAUUUCAGUUUAACCUCUGUUGGAGGGAAACAAUGUCUCAACAAGAUGUUAGUGCCAUAGUAAAACUGGUAAUAUUUCUCCUUUUCCAAGAGGCUUUCCAACUCUCACUUACCUACACGCUAUGAUGAAGGAUAUAGCUGCAAUAGCUAAAUAUCAACUCAGAAGAUUCUGUUAGGGGAAAUACACCCUCUGUUUCCCAUCUAUACGUGCAGCUGCUGUGCAGUGCUCAGUGGUAGAGUCUACCUCUCUGUAGUAGCCAACCAUGAAUAGACUACAGUGUGCAUUAUAACCUAUGCUUUUCCCUUUUUACGCCCUUUACAUAAGCCUGCCUACCAAUACACUCUCAGCCAUGCAGGGGCUAGUGCAUAAUUUGGAAACUCUUUAAGCAGAAUACUUGGCUACUCAUGCAUCCAUCUUCUCUCAUGUAGCAAUCUGCAGGGUAAAGAAAAAGAUACGCUUUUUUUUUUAAUCGAAAAUGGGGCCCAGAGUUAAUUUUAAAACACAAAACUGUUUUCAAAACCACUUUCUUCACCUUCAGAUAAACCUAUACUCAUAUUCUCUUUCUGAGAAUUUUAAACUUUGGUAUGUCAAAAAUAUGCAAAUAUAUCACAAAUGUACCUUGUCAUUUCAACAGAAAAGGACAACUUUAUUGCAGUAGAAACUUGUCAGUGGGGGUGGGGGAGUUGGUCUAUUGAAAUAUGAAGAAUAGCCAUAUUAAUAGUUUACCUUGCAAUUUGCCUCAGCAACACAUGAAAAAGGAAAAUAAGCAUUUUUAAGGGAGAUGCGGUGUAAUACGUUAUUGCAAGUAACUAAGCAGAAAGUAGCAUGAAAAGUAUUGGCUGGGCAAUUUAUAUUAAUUCUGACAAUGAUUUUUAUAUAAACACAAACAGAACAGAAUCACAUGAAAAUGGAUGCCAGUCAUCCCUCUUGUUCCUGCUACUGAGGGCAACUAACGUAUGGUGGCAAGAGAGUGGGGGAUAAUGCAUAUUUGUAAACUGAUCUAAUGAAAAGAAGCACAACUUUGAUUGUGAAGUCACUUUCUGUAAACUUUAACUGUCUACCUUUCUCUGUUCCUUUAUCUGUACCUUAUCAUUUAUUGUAUUUGCAAAGCUAAUUUGGGUUUAUUGUGUGAUUCCUUUGUAUUUAAGGAGUUUGGGGCAGAGCCCUGAAAGAGUAUUAACAUUUACUUUACCUUAACCCAUGCUAUAUAAUGUUUUAGGCAACAUUCUUAAUUGCAAGUUCGAACACCAGAAGUGGCAUUCUAGACAUCUCCAAGCAUUGUUACAGCUAAGUUAAUCCUCUAUUAAAAGGUGUUGUCAGUUAGUGUCUAAUUGCUGGUGACGAUUACAUGAUAUACCCAAUCUGCACAAUCUGUAUGUUGUAUGCAUUGAGCCAUUCACAGUAAAGCUUUUAUCAUUUCAAUGUUUUUCAGAAGUUGCGUUUUAUAACAAAAUGGCUUAUAUUUUUCCCAAAAGAAGAAUUUAGCAAUUUUUAAUGAAUAAUAUAAAAAUAUCUGUUGUCCUCGGAUCUUUUUCAGGUAAAGCUAACAUAAGAAUAAAAGAACUCCUCGACUGUUUUCAGGAUGUCAAUCCUUUUGUAUUGUAUGUGUUAUCCUAUAUACCCUCUUUUAUCUAUAGUCCUAACAAAGCUGUUUUGUUUUCCUUUUUCCUUCGCCUUGAAGGUAAAUGCUUUGUAAUUUUUUAAAAGCCACUUGAAACCUCAAUAAAGGCUGUUGCCUAAACAUGGCAUACUUCAUCUGUUCCUGUUUCUGCCAUCUGCUAUGAUGUCGUCAGUUAUAUGGCAUUAAUUUCCUGCCACUACAGGUCUCUUGAAGGACUGAUGGAACAUUGGUAUCUGUUAGAAUGCUUCAGACUGUAGAUGUAAUAAAAGGCUUUUGUUAAUAUAUUUUAACCAAAGAUGUGGAGCAAUCCAAGCUUUGAGCCACAGACCUUCUGCAUGAAAAGUAUCCAUUUGAUUAUUUGCAUAAUCAGAUGUUGCAUUUUUACCUUCCCUGCUCAUACCUCAGACUGAUCCAUACCUCAGUUUGAUUCAAAGAGGUCAGUUUAGUAACUCAUAAAAAAAAGCAGUAGCAGAGUCUUUUGUGGAGUAACUAAUAGCAGACCUGGGUUACCACAGGCAUUACACUUGGAUUGCUUCAGAUGGUUUGUUGUAUCAUUUUUUCUUUUCUUUUUUUUCUUUUUCCUGGGGAUUUGUUUCCAUAAAACAAUGAUAAUUACAAAAUAGCUUGUAAAUGGGGGCAUACAAGCAUUUGCAACAAAUAUUAAAAUAGAGGCUCACAGCGGCAUAAGCUGGACUUUGUCGCCACUAGAUGACAAGAUGUUAUAACUAAGUUAAACCACAUCUGUGUAUCUCAAGGGACUUAAUUCAGCUGUCUGUAGUGAACAAAAAAGGGAAAAUUUCAAAGAUUCUCCUGCUGGAAAUAAGGUAUAAUUUGUAUUUUGCAGACAAAUCAGUAAAGUUACUGGCUUUCUUAGUGA